AAGAAAAAGUUACACAAACACACAAACAUUAUUUAUACCUCCAUUAGCCACCCCUUUAUUAUUUCAGGUGUUGGGUGGGGGUAUGUACGUGUAUCACUGCUCUUACUCAAAUCAUCAAAGCCGCCACUAACCUCAUACACACAAUCGAAAACAUGGCAUCUUACGAGGGAAGGCCAUUGGUGAUGGAAAUGGAAGGAGAAGAAGGUUUCGAAGAAGCCGGUAGCAGCGGUUGCGGAUGCUUCCGGUGUUUCAGCCUGAAGAAAUGGUGGCAAGGCUAUGAGGAAGAAGGUAAAGGGCUACUUGAUCAAAAGGGUGAGGGAGAGUCAUGGGUUGUGAACAAAUUAAGGAAGGCAAAGGAGGUUUCAGAAGUAAUUGCUGGCCCCAAGUGGAAGACUUUCAUUAGAAAGAUAAGUGGGUAUGGGAAGAAGGUGAAGUACCAAAGAAACAGGUUCCAGUAUGAUGAACAUAGCUAUGCUCUCAACUUCAACAGCGAAGCUCAGAGUGAAGAUGAAGGCAUGCCUCACAGCUUCUCAUCAAGGUUUGCUGCUCCUGGUCGUCGCCAGAAUGAAUCAUGAUACGUGCAUGCAUGUUCUUUAAUUACAGUUAUGUUCGAGCAGGAUCGAACCUUUAAACAUGUAAAUUGUUGCCUAAAUUUGUUUACAUGAUUGUAAUUCUUAUCUUGUAAUUAUCAUUCGUUGUGUGAAGAGUGAAGACCAAUAUUGUUUUUUAAUAAAUUAAAUUCCACCGGUUUUAUCUUUA